AUGGAGGGCCAUGAAACUGAUUCCCAAAAGAAGAUCGGGAAAACCGUGUGGAAAUUAUCUAAAGCCAUAAAGAAACAAACUCAUAUUGCUAAAAAUAUAUUCAAUGUGGGCAAAUCAGAUCAAAAUCUCAAAGCAGCCCAUGAAAAUAACCAUAGAGUUCUCAUGUGCAAUGGGUCACCACAAGCCCUGCCUCCUACAGCUAACAAGAGUCCCCGGCCGUUAAAGGUUCAGCAGAUUGUCCAAGAGAAAAAGUUUCCCUACAGUGUUGGAAAGAAGGUGGAAGAAAAGGCCUUUUAUAAAGACAAUGAAGGGAAAGACUCAAAGAAUAAGCGUUUUUCCUGUGCAGUUUGUCAAAAGAGAUUUGCUCAGAAAUCCAACCUUAUGACGCACAUGAGGGUGCACACGGGAUCCAGGCCAUACGUGUGCACGGAAUGUGGCAGGAGCUUCAGUACCAGCUCCAAUGCUGUCACGCACCAGAGAGUCCACACGGGAGAGAGGCCCUACAGCUGCGAGGAGUGCGGCAAGAGUUUCAGCAUCAGCUCCAACCUGGUCACUCACCUGCGGGUGCACACCGGAGAAAAACCCUAUGGGUGCUCUGACUGUGGCAAAAGCUUCACCCACCGCUCCAACCUGGUAAUUCACCAGAGGGGACACUCAGGAGAGAAGCCCUACGUCUGCUUAAAAUGUGGGGAAAACUUUACCCACAGUUCCCAUCUUGUGGCGCACCAGAAAAUCCAUUCGUAAACAGUGUGCAUUUAUCUGGCUGUAUUAGUGGGGGGAGGGCACACUCCAUCGAUAGGGGGGAAAAAAAGGGACAGUUGGGAGUUAUGCUCUAACAUGCUGUACAUGUAAGGUAUAUAAGAAACUCCUUGUAUCUAUAUAUCCCUAUAUCUUAAGUAUCUAGGGUUGCCACCUGGCUGGCAUUUUACCUGCCUGGCUGGUAAAAAUGAUGGCUGAUCCCAAUGUUAUUAAUAGGGGAAAAAAGAUAAAUAUAUAGGAAGGCUGGUAUUUUUUACUAGAAACGGUUGCAACCCUAUUAGUAUCCCAUGUAACGGGGUGUUUGCUAUACUGGGAAAUAAUAAGCCUUAUGAUCAAACCCCUCAGUGUCAAACCUUUAGAAGGUCCAUGGACAUGAAUCUAUGUGUGUAUUACACAUUACAUGCAGCUGGAAUUACCAUAAAGCAUUUCACAUUCUGUGCAGAACAAACUCAUUGCAUUCUCUUCAUAUUCUCCUCUUAACACCACACUAGGUGCUGCCUAAA